GCCGCGCCGCUUGGCGAACGUGCGCGAUGGACUCCAACGUCGUAUUCCCGCGCAAACUGCUCAAACGAUUCAUCCUUCUCUACAAAGAUUUCCCCUGCCUCUGGGACAAAAACUGCUUCGCAUACAAACAAAAGCAAAAAAGACACAAUGCCAUUUCAAAAUUAACAGAACUAGUCCAGGAAUACGACCCGACAGCAACGCGAGUGCAUGUCCUAAGGAAAAUCGAGAGCCUACGGGCGUGCGUCCGCCGCGAACACAAGAGAGUGCUCGAAAACCGGCGCAAUUUGACCAAGCCCGAAGAGGCGUACGUCCCUACGCUGUGGUAUUACGAUCUAUUCUCGUUUGUCUUCGGCGAUGAGAGUACGUCUGCUAAGGAUGCGCAAUUGGCUGACCAACCGGAGCAAACCCAGGAUUUAGUGGAAGAAGAUGAAGAAGAAAGCGCGGUUGAUGACGUCACGUCCUACGAGCCGCCAUCUUACGUCACCGACUACCACAACAUGGUGGAGGUAGCCGAAAGCCCCUCCAUGUCGAAGAGAUACAACUUCGAAGAUGAAUCGAAGAAUAAACGGCUGUGUACAGAGAUCGAAGAUGAAUAUGAUGCUAUAGGAAUCAACGUGGCCGCCAAACUGCGGACCCUGCCCCAAAACCAGAGGAUCCUGGCUGAGAAGCUGAUCAACGACGUGCUGUACCAAGCACAGCUGGAUGCCCUCAACUCCUCGACUGUGAUAACCAAUGCUGACCCAUUUAAGCAAGAUAUUAUGUAGUUUAAAAGUUAAUAGUAAUUGUAAUUUGCAGCGCAUUAAUUAACGAUAUUCUUGGCAACCUCUAUGUAUAGCAGGGGUGGCCAACCGGUCGAUCACGAUCGAUCGGUCGAUCGCAACUAUUAGUCCAGUCGUUCGUGGCAAGGUACAUGCUACAUGAUUGUGAACUAAACUAUUUAAGAUUUCAAGAAGUAUGUACCUAAGUGGUAGAUCGCCCAAGGUUUUGUUAGUAAACAGUCUAAUCAAGUUGGCUACCCCUGCUCUAUAGCAAAGCUUCAAGAUCGAUUUCGAACCUCAAAUCAGUAGUCCCAUUUAAUUUUGUUAUUAAAGUUUGUAGUUAAAGAGCUUUUUUAAUUAUUUUUAAAGCAACUCUUUAAAUGAUCCUAUACCUACGUUUCUGUAAACAUUUUUUUUACUAAAUAGGUGCUUAAGAAAAUAUAAUAUAGGUUUGUACAGAACUUUGCCAUUAGAUAUUAUGAAAAAUAAUUAGGUUUCCGCGCAAUAUUACAUCUCAAGUUACUUUAUUUAAUAAAAGUAGUAAAAUAUGUAAGUCAA